AUCCUCCCUCCCGUUCUCCGCACCAGCCCAGCCGGACACCGGACACCGCCCGGCUCCCCCCCGCCGCCCCUUCCCAGCCGGGCGCCCGGCAGCCGGGGCAGAUGUUCCCGCGAGGGCCGGCGGAGUCCGAGCUCGCCAGAGAGACGCUUCCCCAGUUAGUGAGCUGAGCCCACUCCCCCACAGUGAUGCACCAUGCCGAUCGUGGACAAGCUGAAGGAGGCUCUCAAGCCAGGACGGAAGGACUCCACUGAUGAUGGUGAGCUGGGCAAGCUCCUGGCAUCUUCUGCCAAGAAGAUCCUGCUGCAGAAGAUUGAGUUUGAGCCGGCUAGCAAGAGCUUCUCCUACCAGCUGGAGGCCCUGAAGGGCAAGUACGUUCUGCUGAACCCCAAGACAGAGAAUGCCAGUCGCCAGAAGAGCUCUGAUGAGGCCCAGAUCAGGAAGCAGGGGAGUGACCAUGCUUUGGGAGGCUCUGGGGAUGGCGUCCCAGCUCCCCAGAAAGUUCUUUUCCCCAUGGAGCGCCUGUCCAUGAAAUGGGACCGGGUGUACAGGGUUGGAGCAGGACUCCACAACCUGGGCAACACCUGCUUCCUGAACUCCACUGUGCAAUGCCUGACGUACACGCCACCGCUGGCAAACUACCUGCUGUCCAAGGAGCACAGCCGCAGCUGUCACCAAGGAGGCUUUUGCAUGAUGUGCAUUAUGCAGAAUCACAUGAUCCAAGCUUUUGCCAACAGCGGCAAUGCAAUCAAGCCAGUGUCCUUCAUCCGAGAUCUCAAAAAGAUCGCUCGGCACUUCCGCUUUGGCAGCCAGGAGGAUGCGCACGAGUUUCUGCGCUACACCAUUGAUGCCAUGCAGAAGGCCUGCCUGAACGGCUACACCAAGUUGGAUCGUCAGACUCAGGCUACGACUCUGGUUCAUCAGAUCUUUGGUGGUUACCUGCGGUCCCGUGUGAAGUGUUCGGUGUGCAAGAGCGUCUCGGAUACCUACGACCCCUACCUGGACGUGGCUUUGGAGAUCCGGCAAGCCGCAAACAUCGUGCGCGCGCUGGAGCUGUUUGUGAGGCCGGACAUGCUGAGCGGGGAGAACGCCUACAUGUGUGCCAAAUGCAAGAGGAAGGUGCCAGCCACCAAGCGCUUCACCAUCCAUCGUGCCUCCAAUGUCCUCACGCUGUCCCUCAAGCGCUUCGCCAACUUCAGCGGAGGUAAAAUCACCAAGGACGUGGGGUACCCCGAGUUCCUGAACAUUCGUCCCUACAUGUCUCAGAGCCAUGGCGACCCGGUCAUGUACGGCUUGUAUGCGGUGCUGGUGCAUUCAGGGUACAGCUGCCAUGCGGGGCACUACUACUGCUACGUGAAGGCUAGUAACGGGCAGUGGUACCAGAUGAACGACUCCCUCGUCCACUCCAGCAACAUCAAGGUCGUCCUCAACCAGCAGGCCUACGUGCUGUUCUACUUAAGAAUCCCAAGCUCUAGGAAGAGCCCUGAGGGGCCCAUUGUUAAGACUGCCUCUGCCCUGCCUGGCCGAGCCAGCAUUGUCUCUGACCAGAUCAAGAAAACCGUAGCCAAUGGGCUGCUCUCCUCGCCGCUGCCUGGCAAGAGACCAGACGGGACACCUGGGAAGAAGCUCCAGGGAGCGGAGGAGGCCGGGACCCCUGUGGCCCGAGGUGUGUUUGGGGCCGGGCCCAAGCUGCAGAAUGGGACCGCUCAGGCCAAGCCCCUUGCUGGGUUUCCCUCGCCCAGACUGGCUGCCAGAGCCAUGCACAUGGCAGCUGCGCUCUCUGAUGAGCUGGCCAGGAGGCCCAAGAAGCCACUUGCUGUGUCCCAGGGCUUCUGUGACACCAGUGAAGCGAGCAGGGCCAAAGCCGAGAUCCCCAAGCAGAGCUCCUGGGAGAGCAAGGAGUCUCUGUCACCCACCUCGCCCAAGCACCUGGUGGAGCCAGCUGCACCCAGCCAAGAGCCCAGGGGCAGCGGGGAGGGCACUGAGCCGCGGAGGAAGGACUCCAGCAGCAGCAGCUCUUCCAGCCCAGCACACUCGGCCAAAGGACCCCUGCGGGCUAAGAGUGGAGCCAACAGCUUCUGCGCCUCUCAGGACACGGAGUACGGCCCAGCCUCGUCUGCUGAGCAGGAGGCCAAGCCGCCCGGCUCGGAGGACCCCCAAGUGGCGAAAUUAAAAUCCCUGCUGCCGGCCGGUGCCGCCCUGGAUCUGAGCAGCACCACGUCGCCCCCGCCUGCCAAGAAACUGGCCCUUUCUGCUAAGAAGGGCAGCACCCCGCGGAGGGCGAGCGGAAGUGACCGCCGUGCGCCGCCCCGCCCAGCCUUUGCCGACCACUCCUCCCCCACGAGCACCACCCACCCUGCCUCCACCUCUCCCUGGCCUCCCGGCAAGUCCAGGGUGCUCUCAUCUGCUCCCAAAUCACCACUUCCUCGGAAGCCUGCCUGCAGCCCCAGCCCAAACUCUCCGCUCCUGGGCAGCAGCCAGCCCGCCCACCCUUCACACCCAGGCAGGGAGAAGGCGGCCAGCCAGGCCCUGCCCGGCUCCUCCAAAAAGAGACGACGAAAGCAGCAUCUCGAGGUGGUCCCCCAGGGCCUGGGCCCAGCGGGUGCUAGCGGCGAGAGGGCUGGGCUCACCGGCCCCCCCCGGAAGAGACGGUACCUGGAGGAGGGUGAGCGUGAGGAGGCUGCAGCCAGGAAGAGAGAGGGGCUGGGCAGUGGGGACCUGGAGUGGGAGCGCAGGCACCAAGCCUCAGGCUCCAGCUGCCCCGUGGGCACUGGGCCCAUCACCCCCCGCAAGAGGAGGAGGAAGAGAAUGCGGCAGCUGGAGGAAGAUCGCAGCCCCGGCACAUCUCCCUUGGGCAGCUGCUCCGGGAAGGGCGAGGCUGUGACCCUGGCGUCCGGGGCAGGAGAGCUCCGCAGGGCGAAGCAGCAGCAAGGUUUGGAGGUGGAGGAUGGCGAGAGCGAGCAUCGGAAGUGCAAGCGGAGGGAGAGCCCAGGCAGCCCGGCUUCCAAGCCCGGCCCUGAGCAGGCAGCUGUGAAUGGGCUCCACACCAGAGCCAGCACUCCAGUGCCAGUGUGCAUCUGGGACAGCCAGGUCCGAGACGGCUCCACGCGGGGCACUGGGACAGCAUGGCAGAGCAAGGAGGAGGCCAGCGUGGUGCAGGAGCUGCUCAGAAAUUCCUUGGAUAAAGCGUAUGGGAAGCAAGUGCUGACGUGGGAGGGUGAGAUCUCGGCCAUUAGCCAGGACGCCGUUCGGGACAUGGCGUGGGCCCGGCGCGCGAGAGUCACCGACGACUGGGACGAGGACUUCGACAGUGGCAAGGUGAAGAAGAGUAAAAAGUUCAAGCGGGAACGGAGGAGACACUUCAACGCCUUCCAGAAACUGCAGAGCAGGCGUAACUUCUGGUCCGUGACUCACCCAGCCAAGGUGGCCAGCCUGAGCUACCGGCUCUGAGACGGGCCUUGCGGUUCAGUCCUGGCAUUCGUGGGCCUGGGGGAAGAGUGGCUGGACCCUGUGGUGCUGAUGUCGACUCGUCCCCUCCCAGGGGUCUCCGGAGCCAGGCUGAGGGCCGUGGGGUGUGACAGGCUGGGGUGGUUGUCCUUGGUUCUGCUGGUGUUCAGCAUCCUGUGCAGGGUGGGAGCAGAACAGGAGGAGUGGGGCCCCAUGGAACAGGGGCUGGUUCUUGGACAUUGGGGAAGGUUGAGACUCGCGGGGGCUGCUGCUGCUGGAGUUGAGCCAACCUGGCUAGUUCACGUGCUCUUUUGCCCUCGUACCACCAUGGCUGGUGCCAAGGAGCAUCAUGGGGGGCACUGAUGCCUCCCCCCAGCAGGUAGCUGAGGAAGGGCCCCUUAGGGCAUGUCCCAUAGCCAAGGCUGGGAUGCAAAGCAUACCCUGCUCCUGAUUGCCACAGCCUCCUCCAGGCCCCCGCUCCUGGCACCGGGACUGCCCAGCUGCCUGCCUUGUGCCUAGCCAUGCUCCUCCCUUCCCUGGAGCCUUGUGACUGUGCUGCUGUCACACGCUGCCUGCUGGGGCAGCCAUUCCCCUGCUGCACUCGCCCCAGGUGCUGGGAUUGCAGCCAGCCCAGUGCUUCUGGGCAGGGAAGCGCCUCUCAAUGGCGCUUUGUCACUGCUGCUCCCUGGUCUCUGCUGCUGCUCCGUGCUGAGGCCUCUCCAGCUAGCUGCACAUGUGGCUGCUGGGUUGGGGCUGGCAGCCGGCGCUGCUCUGCCUUGCAAACACAAGCCCUGCUCAUGGGGCUCUGAGGCUGCUGCCUAUGGCAGUUUUCUGUUAAUGCCUCCCUCUGUACUGCCGAUCUCCUCCCCACCCUUCCAUCCACAGGAGCUGCUUCUCCCUGGGUCCCUGGGCGGAGGGAGUGAUGGGCUCAUACAGACCUCCUCCAGCCCAACCAACUGUUCUCGUGGGUGAGCAUCAACCCCGUCCAGCUUGGCCUUCUGUCCUGGGUUCCCCCUGUCUAGCUGGGGACAUGGCUGCUGCCAGAGUGGGAGAAAGGGGGCUGUCCCCUGCCACAGCUUGGUCCAGCUGUGUGCAUCCCUGCACAGAGAGCAGCUGCUUGCCCCUAGCACACCUGCCUUGACUUCACUCUGUUUGGCUUCCCCCCGUAGUGCCCUGGUGCGUCUCACUGAGGGAGUGCUCUCUGGGGAGGGGAUGCUGCUGGGCCAGGAGCAGAUGAGAUGGGGUCUGCUGGGCUAAUGGGGCUGUUGUGGGGGCCAUAGGACGAUUUCCUGGGGCACUGCUGCUUCAGUGGAGAGGCUGCCUCCACCCAUCUGCUGCUGCGUGUCCAUGUCUGCCUGGUACCUCUUAACUGUGUUCCUGGCACCGCUGCCCCUUGGCCAAACCUCCCUGCUGUGCAAUUCCCAGGAAAAGAAUCUUCUCCAAGUCUUCCACUGGCAGGGCCCUGCUCUCCCCCCUUCUCCCUGGGAGCUGUCCUGCAUUAUCUUCUAAAUACCUGUUAACCUUUUGCACCCCCCUGUCAGCCAGACAGGCCAGGUGAAGGGGUUAAUGGCUGCAAAUCAUUUCAUUAUCUCAGAUGUGUACAUAUAUCAAAGCCUGUUUAAUGGCCGUUACAGCUAGGAUUUGCAUUUAUUUAAAUUUUCAACUUAGUCAAGGGGAGAAAAGCCAGUGUGAGACUCUGUCCCCUCCCCAGGGGAGAUUUCCCCCUUACAGUGGGGAUUAUUCUGACAUCUGUACAGUUUGCUGAUUGACAGUUCCAUAAUCUCAAUGUAUAUGUGUGUAGAUACCCGGAGCUGAUCUGUACAUGGUUGUAUUUUGCACCUCCUGCUGGGGACAAUGCAGUAGCCUCAGCUAUUGCCAAGAUCAUGGUGCAAUAAAGUAACCCGUUUUUGA